UUUUGCCUCUAAAUGUGAGAUUACCCCCUGGCCGCAGGUGGCACCGCCGGGUGGUGCCCCUCCUCGCUUGGCGCGUGCCAUCCUGGCCAAUGGGUAGAUACGCCCCUGCUUCUGGUGUCCAUCGGGAUUCCGGCAUCAGUAUAUCGAUUGCCGGGAUCCCGUCUGUCGGGAACUUAACUGCAUCCUGAUAUCACUUCCGGUAAUCGACGUACAGGCGUAACUGGAAGUGGACGAUCCGGUGAUUAUCGCGGCAUGCCCAGGUGGACAGCUGAGGGGACUGCAGAAUUUUUCCUGUGGAUGGAAAAUAAGUGGAAAAAGGACACAGACAAAAAGAAUCGGGGACUCACAGAUAAAAAAUCAUUUGAAUCCUCCCUCUGUAUAAGCAGCUCCUGUCUGCUGCCAGGACAGUGCCACAUAUCAUUACAGAAGGAUGAAGUUCAGCACUAUAGACAGCACUGCUGACUAUGAAGAAGCAACCUAUGAAUAUUCACCUUUCGUGGACACCUCGCCUUGUGAUGUUGUGUCAACCAGUGCGUUUAUAAAAUACGUCAUCCCAGCGGCAAUUACAGUGGUGUUCAUGUUGGAUCUAGUGGGAAAUGGACUGGUGCUGAAGGUACUCAUAAGCCGGCGCUCUCCCUGGCAUUUGGCAGAUCACUAUCUGUUCCAGCUGGCUUUAUCUGACCUUCUGCUUGGACUCACUCUUCCCUUCUGGGCCGUCCAGUAUGUUUAUGGUUGGAUGUUUGGCUAUGUCUCUUGUAAGCUGUUGGGAGCCUUGUUUACUAUAAAUAUGUACAGCAGUAUUUUCUUCUUGGUUUCCAUCAGUGUAAAUCGCUACUUCUCAAUUGUCCAUGCGGUAGAGGUUCAUAAAAAGCAAAGACCCAUCCACACGAUACUGAUCUGUAUUUUCAUCUGGGGAAUCUCCUUCAUUCUCUCCUGGCAUGAGUUUUACUUUCGAGAGACCGGAGUUAACCCAGUGACCGAGAAGCCAGUUUGCUUUUACAAUUUCCACCCGGAUCAACCUGACUCGUGGAGGAUUGCGCUACAGCUCAUAGAUCUUACAUUUGCCUUCAUCUUUCCACUGAUUUUCAUGUUGUUCUUCUACUCUCAGAUACUGUGCACGCUUCAAAGGUCCAGGCUGAAUCAUUCACGAAGAUCUCAGAUGGUAAUUGUUGUCCUUCUUCUUGUGUUUGUCUUCUGCUGGGCACCAUACAAAUCCCUGCAACUCAUCGACAGCCUUCAAAGGUUGGAUUACAUUGGGCGAAACUGCAACCUAGAGAAGAAAUUAGACAUUGGAAUCACUGCCACUCUAGCACUUGGUCUGUCGCACGUGUGCAUAAACCCAAUUAUAUAUGCUUUUGUUGGAGUUAAGUUCAGGAAAGAAAUUUACAAAGUUUUCAAGAGAUUUUCUAAUCAUGCUCUUAAUUCUAGCAUAAGUGUCACAAGGAAAGGGAACCUCUUCACUGGGUCUGAUAAUUCCUAUUCCAAGAUCGUGUAAUCUGAUUAUCACAGCAGUAAGUGAUAUAUUUGUAUGCUAAUUGUCCUUAUCUAUCAACAAUAGCAAGACCUAUAUUACUGCACAGUUCAUUUACAGCUGUCAUAGUGCAUGUAAGUACUGUAUAUUAUAAAAUUUCAUGUAUCAUGCUUUUUCACUAUGUUAUUGAAUUGUGUUGUGAGUGGUGUGUCCUCUCUUAUAUGGUUCUCAUUCUGCAUCAAUCACGGGUAUUUUAAAUUUAAAUAUAAAUGUAAUUUUAAAUAAUGCUAUUACGUUUUUAUGGUAGCAAUUUAUGCACCCCCAGAGCAAUUCUGAUUUUUCUAAAAAUCAUUAAUUUUAGGAAAAAAAUCACUGGGACUUGCCCUGGCACCCCAGCAGUACUGGGGAUUAAUUAAGCAAUUGGAAAUUUCCAGUUAGCUUAAUUAGUCUGUAAUUACUCACCUUCUGAAGCGGUGUCUUUUCCAUUGGAGACGGGAUCCGGUCCUCUGCAGCGGCGGUAAGUAAGUGAGGUGUGGGUGAGUGCAGGGCUGCCAUCAGAAAUUGUGGGGCCCGGGACUGACAAAAUAGACAGGGCCACUCCCUUCCCCCAAAAAAAAUUCUCACGCACUGCUCCACCCAUAUGUGAUGUCAUACAUUGUGAUGUUACAUGAGUGUUGCGGACCUACAGGAAAGGUUAACAGAGAUCUAAUGCACAGCUUGUUUUAAGAAAUCCUCCCUGCGUAUCAGCCUGCUGUUGAUUCACAGACUGGAGCAGCUAUACAGGUAUUGGUGGUAGGAGCCAGGGGUGGACCCUCUUCUCUGUAAGGGCCCGGGACACCAGUCCCCACAGUCCCCCCCGAUGUGUGCCUAGUGUGAGUGUGUGUGUUUGUGAGACCCCUGUUGUGUGUGUGACCCCCUCCCCCCUGUGUAAUGUCAUCCCACCAGAGCUGGCUGAUGGCCCUUGAGCGUCCCAGCAGCCCAUAACACUCCUCGCAUCACCCUCCCUAAUGGAAAUAUGGAGGGGAGACCACCAGGAGCCACGGAGACCACCGGACAGGUAUUACAUUAUUUUUUACUCCCAUUGCAGGGUUUUCAGCGCUGAAAACCCAGCACACGUUUUUUAAAUUGGAUACUGCGGGUAGCAGGAGUGCGCAUACCCACAGUAAUCCAGAAUUGGUUGCAAGGUACGCAUGUUUUUUUUCCUCACUAAACCUCUGGCCCAAUUGAAUUCCCCCCUGUGUGUUAAUAUUCACAACCGUGCAGUCAGAAAAACUUGUUUUAAAGCUAAAAGAUAUGAUGCUGUUAAACCGCUAUGUGACACCAGUGAUACAGGAUUACACCACCCAAACCAAUCAGCUCCUAGCUGCCAUUAUUCAAACAUAGCCUUUAAAAUAACAGUUACAGUAGAAGCUGAUUUGUUUGCACUUUAUCUUUCUCCACGUUAUCUCUCUCCACGGGUUGAUAAAUCUCCCCCUUAGCUGGAUUUCUUUCAAACAGGCAGUGGAUAUUAAUGUCCCUCAUUAUGAAGAAGGCGGUGCACUAAAUACUACACAGCUGUUUGAAUGAUACUCCUUUCACAUCGCCACUAUUGGUUAUUGUUGGGUUAACCUGUCGUGGCUUGGUGUGAAAGGGUCCCGGACAAAAAACCUGCGUUGAGUGACCCAGGUCCCAGGUAUCCAACCUGUUUAGCAGGUUAACAUGGGUUAGACACCGGGUUUGGUGUGCUUUGUUCAUGUGUAUUUAUAAGCCCUGUGAUUCUCGCAGUUUGAACUGACCUGCAAGCUAAACAAUUGAAAAAUAAAAUAUAUAUAGUUUGUACUGUUUGGUGCACUUUA